GAAAUAGCGCCUUAUAUGAAGACUUUCCAACCUUUCGCGCCACCUUUAUAAACGUUAUAGCCAGCAAGGACCUGGAACGCGUCAUCACACUUAUAUUCCAACUAGUCGAAGACUUUUCGGAGAUUCUGUUUUUUGUGACUCAGAUAUACUUCUCUGACCUUUGUCAUUUCUCAACGAAUUGUUAUUCAUGUCAUUAAACAUUCAUCCUCAGUCAUUUGACUUGUAUGGUAAAAACCUCAAGUUAUUAGCCGAAAAACUGAGAAAAAACUGGAUGCAGAAACUGUCGAAUUCUGACCAAACAGAUGACUCUUUAACUAGUUUAACUUGGUUAUAUGAUGCUAAUCCAGUUUCAAUGAAUCCGGAAGCCACUGCUCAUUUUGAGGGAAAAGAAUUUAACGUGUGUUUAUCUCUCUAUGAUAAUUACAAUAGAUAUUCCUGCAGCGGGAAUCAACCCAUCACAGGUAGCUUGUUAGAUCCUCAAGUACGACUAGAAUAUCGGACGAAAUGGACUGGCAAGCCGCCUUUUUCUUAUGCCACACUUAUUUGCUUGGCAAUGCGCGAACUUGGUAAACCAAAAGUCACAUUAUCAGAUAUAUAUGGUUGGAUAAUGAAUAACUUUGCAUAUUAUCGCCACACAGAUUCUAGCUGGCAGAACUCUGUGCGUCACAACCUUUCACUCAACAAAUGUUUUGAGAAGGUUCCUCGUGAUAAGGGUGAAAGAGGGAAGGGUGGUUUUUGGAGAGUGAAUCCAAGACAUAUUGAUUGGCUUGAAGCUAAUUUAGCCAAAUGUCGACGGGCUGCACCUCCUCCAGGACCUCCACCUCCAAUCCCAAGGUCCAUGUUACUACAACAACGUAAAAUGCAACAGCAAAAUCAGUGUCAGCAAGCACUAUUGCCAAGAAAUUUAAUGCUAUCUCCACCGUCUGUUUCGAUUGGCAAUCAUGCUACUACAAAUUCACCAUUCAAUGCAAACAUUUGUAUUUCUGAAUCUUCAAAUGACCCAGCUAAAACUCAUCAAAUUGCAGCUUUGUCACCAUCUUCUAACUCUUCCUUGUCAUCAUCUCCAUUGUCAUUCGCUUCUGUUGGCUCACCUGCGAAUUUACAGUCUGCUAGGAUUCCAAUAACACCAGGACAUACAACAUAUCCAAACGGAGUUCAUACACUUUUUAUGAACCGUAGUAUACAUUCUGAAUUGAACAACUCAUCAACUUUACCACCUCUUUCUUUAUCUGCUAAUAUAUCACAGUCAUAUUUAACACAAGCAAUACCAUGUCAUCGACGUAAAAGUCCUCUGUUUAAAAAUCACUUACAAGAAAGUAUUGCACAAAAUGCUAUAUUUGAGUCAGAUGAUGGUUUUUCUGACAAUGAGAUUUCUCAGUCUUUGGCUGAAAAUGCCCAUUCAACAACAAAUACAAUAAAUAAAUCACUCAAUAUACAUCCGAAAUUAAAUGUAUAUGAUCCAAAUCAUACCACGCCAAAUCUUCACUCAGAAUGUGCCAGAAAAACCCGAGUGAAUAAUAAUUCUAAUCUGAAUCCAUUUAGUUAUAAACGUCAGUCCCUACUACGCAAUAAUAAUAUUGACUUGUUGGAUCAGCAGUCAGAUUAUCAUUCAUCUUGUAAACCACGAUCCAAAGCUAGCCUGGAUAAGUCUCGAAUCAACAAUCGUAGUUCUAUUACUGAACGCUUUAAAAGAUCAAAAUCGAGACAAACUAUCAAACAGUGUGGAUCAAACGAAAUGAAAGCACUCCCUACUCGAGUGCUACCGCCACGGCAAAGGUAUUCCCGUUGGUCACUCCCUCGUCCACAUCCAAUCACAAUGAAUGACUUGGAAAAUAGCAAACAAGAAAAUGAGUGGAACGAUAGGAAUACAUUAGAAACUACUAAUAGACGAAAGGAAAGAAAAUAUGAAAAGGAUAAAGUGGCACAAUGGGAUCAUAGUGAUCACUUACAAAAAAAUGGACUAAGUCCAUUAUUAGAUUUUAUAGACAGUGAUAAUGAUGAUAUUAAUUGCAUAAAUGACAGCAUAACUUCCCAUAAUAAUUGGCCACCGCUAAACAAAGUUGAAAACCGUCUAGCAGACACGACAUCUGAUUACAUAAAUACAGAGUUGAGAAAGACAGAACUAGUUAAGAGUAAUACUUUAUCGUCUUGUGAUUUAUACAAGGAUUAUUGUUUACCCAAUUACAAUACAUAUUGUCAACCAGUAAACGAUUCGCAGUGCCAAUACAAUUCUAACUUCAUUACCACCAAUAACGAAGAAACUGUCAUUUUAUCUGAAUCUUUAUCGAAUUCUUCUGUUCCAGUCUUUCGUUGUCAUUCGAAUAAUAUUAAUUUGUAUUUCAGCUCAACAGAUAACUUUCAUUCUUCAUCAUAUAAUACCUAUGAAAAUCAGUGUUCACCACAUAAUAAUAAUAAUAGUGAUAAUGAUAAUGAUAAUAAUAAUAAUAAUAAUAGUGAUGGUCUGAGAACAUCACAGUCAACAGUAGAAUCGGAAUUUGUUAUGAAUGAUUCUAUUGAGAAAACCUACUUCUUAUCUAAAACAACUGAUAAUAAUAUAAUGAAUACACCAUCAACGACUGAUAAAUCAAAGUUGCCUAUUUGGGCGUCAGUAUUCUUGUCAGAUGAAAAUCAUAGUGAUCUGGACUGUUUAUUUAGUGACAAUAAACAUAAUGAUGAGUCUUUCAAUUUAUUUAGCAAUCAAAGUUUUGAAUCAGGCAUUCAUUCAAAUUCAACACUACGUUCGUCACCUAUAUCUUUAUCAUCACCAACUUCAUCAACUUUACCACCUUCUUCAUGUUCCCUGACCACAUCCUCCUUUUUAUUUAAGGCAGAAAAAAAUGAACAGGAUCUAUUUAUAAAUAGUUCUAAACAAACGACUGAUCCAUCAAGUAAUCGCUCUUCAACUGAUGAUAAUAACAACAGUAAUAAUUCCAUCUUAGAAGACCUUGGUUUGGACUCCGUUGAUCUAGAUUUCGAUUCAUUAAAUGAAUUAGUUGAAAAUAAUGAACAUAUUCCAUUGGAUAUUGACUUUAAUUUAACAGCUAGCUUUAAUAAUGACAAUUUUCUUGAUCCCUCUGAUUUGCCAUCACAAGAAUGGAAUAAUUCUCUGAUUAGCAAUACUACUGAUAAUCGCAGUAAUAUACCUGACAGUCUGCUAUGCAAUAAAGCCCAUCAGCAGAAACAACCUCAAUGGCCUGAAAAUUUGGCAGCUGAAAAUGAUACAAUGCAAGAAUUUAUUACAAAUGAUUCGUAUUGGUUAAACAACACGCAAACAUUUAGUGCGUCCAAAGGUUUAACGAUGUUUUUAUCUGAAUCAUCCGUUCAUAUGUUUGAAGAAAAUUUUACCGAAAAUGUAGAUAGAAUGUGUAAUGAAUGAAUGGGAGAUUAAAUAUUGAAGAAAAGACUGAGUUUGUCACAUUCUUCCAUAAAAUGUAAACAAAUAACUUGGAAAAGUUACAUAAAAAAAUUAUGUAAGUAUAUGUACUGUUCUUUCAACAGUUGACUGUUCUCUUGUAUAUUCAUAUUACUCAACUAAUUCUUAUAAAUUCAGUUUUUUUCGAAUGCUUUUUACUCUAUUCCAAUUUAGUAUAUUUAUUGUUACUGCUUACUUAAUAAACAACGUUAAUUUUUAACCUGGAUGUGAAAAAUAUCAUUAAAACUAUUGUAUGAUAAACUUCUAUGGAUUUAAACUCUCAUAGGGAACGGUGCUUCUGUUAAAACUAUGUUGUUAUAAUUUUAGCCUACAAAUGUAACUUUUUAUUCACCUAUAGUAUAUAUAUUCGUGUAACUUUAUUGCUUAUAAUUUGUUUUGUUUUCUAUUUAUUAUUAUGGCAGUUGAUUUUUGUUUAAUAUAGUUAGGAAUUUAUUGUCUUCCUCUUGUAAAACCUUACCAUUCACAAAAAUGUCAAAUUCGUUUACAGUCAGUAUACCUCUACAAGAAAAAUAUCUGAUACAUGUACCACUGUUAUGUUUCAUCAACGUGUUAAGUGAAUGGGACUUUUUGCUAUUUACAUUUUACAAUAAACUAGUAAAGAUUUCAGUGAUUGCUUAUAAAAUACUGAUAGUUUUUAAACAUAUCAAAAUAUAUGAUAUAUAUUCUGUAAUGUGUUGAAAUUGUCCAUUACAUGAAUUUUCAUGACUUUUCAUACCUCAAAUAUGAGCUUUGUUCUGACUUCCACUCUUCAUAUCAUAUAAACAUCUUAGUUAAACAGAGAUAUUAAAUGUGAAUGAAUACAAAAUCAGCAAAAUAAUAAAAAAAUAUUAGCUUUAUCAGUGAUAAAUGAUUUACUGUUUUUCUGUGAGACCUAAGAAGCACUUCAUUAGAGAUUGAAAGCUAUCACAGAACAAAAGAAACUAUACUACCCAUACAUAAACAUAUCUUCCGUUUAUCAUUCCUUUUUUACUACAUAUUUUUGCCUUAUAAAAAUUACAACACAUAUCAUUUUGAUUUCAGUUUAUCUCUAAUUAAUGUUUUUAUUAUACGAGUGUUAUAUAUAUGCUUUGUUUAUGCAUAAUUAGUAUAUUAAUAAUAAAUAUUAAUUGUUUCAUA